AUGGUCGUCAAAGCAACUCCUGCUUGGAACACAGUCAAUGGUUGGGACCUGAAUGGCAAUCAAUGUCCAUUGCCUACCUACAAUGCCUAUCCUUGCCCUGCUCUUUGUGUCCGUGAAAUUUCCCAAUGCCCUGAGAUGGUGCGUCCCUCAUGUCCUGCUGGUCAGACAUACUGUGUUGAUGGUUCCUGUCGAGAAUCUUGUCCCACCGAUCUCACAUCUCAAUGUGCCUGCCCUGGCGCACCUUCUUUGGAAGGUGGUGCUGUCUAUAAGUGUUUAGAUACUGCUCGUGUCAAUGUCGAACACUUUGAUGCUGCCAACAAGCAAGCCCAAACGGAAGCUGCUUGUGGUAACUACUUUGGUGUCUCCAACCUUACUAGCUGGAAUGCUAACCCUCAACCUAUGAUGUGGAGCACUUGUCCUACUCCUGAUUAUGGCGAGCUUACAUUCACUGAGCCUGUCUUUAUUGCUUACUAUGUAUUCUACGGCUCCUGUGCAUUCUUCCUUAUUGCCUGGUCUUGUUACAAGUUUCUCAGAGAAAAGGUGAUCAAAGCUCGCUAUCAUCAAGUGCGCGAGACGAAGCGCGACGAUUAUAAUGAUAUCAAUGAAAAGAAGGACAUCAGUGGUGAUGAGAGCAGCAAGGAGUCUGAUAGCUCCUCUUCCAUGAACUCUGAAGAACAAGAAGAAAUGACUAUCAAGGCUUACAAACGUGAUUUCUUUGGUACUCUCUGCUUUAUUUUGUACAUGCUGCAAACUCUUGGUAUGAUUGCAUAUAUGAUUUUGAUCACUUAUGAUUACUAUCAAAAUUACCUCUUCUUCCGCGGUAAUGCUCUUGUUCAGUCCAGUACUUUUAUGGGUCAAUGGUACAUCUUCUUUAUCUGGUUCGCAACGCUUACUGUCUUCAAGAGCCGUAUUCCCAACUUUUUCCGUAUUCAAUGCAUGUAUUCUCAAGGCCAAUAUGUCCAAGUGGAGCGCCCUGAACCUGCUAUCAUUGUCUCUACCGAUGACGAGGACAAAAUCACAGAAUAUGUUCGUAUCAUGGAGAAGAAUGCUAAGCGAAUUUUCGGUCUUGAUAUGGUAAUUGCUACUUCUUCUUUGGAAAAGACUGGCAAUGGUACCAAGUACUUUAUCUACCAAUGCACUCGUUAUGUUUAUCAUCCUGAAACACAGCUCUUCAAGCCUCACCACUAUGUUCUUGGUGAAACAAAUGCUGAACUUGCCCAAUUGACUCAAGGUUUGACCUCUCAGGAGGCUUUGGAACGCGAAGAAAUGAUCGGGCCCAACUUCAUCGAAGUCUACGUGCCUAAUAUUCCUAUGGCUAUUCUUCGCGAGUUUGCCUCCUUUUUCUACAUUUACCAAUUUACUGCUCUUUGGCUGUUCUACUACUUUGCUUACUGGCAAGUAGGUAUCGCUGACACUGCUGUCAUUCUUGUUUCUGCUAUUGUCAAGGUCUAUGUGCGUCUCAAGUCUGAAACUCGUAUUAAGAAGAUGGCUGAAUUUACUGACAACAUCAAUAUUUUGCGUGAUGGUCAAUGGAAGGAAGUAUCCACCUCUGAUUUAGUGCCUGGCGAUGUGUUUGAAGUUGUGGAAGGUAAAACUGCUCCCUGUGAUGCUGUCGUCUUGACUGGUAACAUUGUGGCUGAUGAGAGUUCUCUUACUGGUGAGCCCUUGCCUAUCCGCAAGUUCCCUCUCCGUGCCAAUGACCCCACUGUUUAUGAUAGCAUGGGUGCCGGUAAGAUCUCCACAAUCUUUGCUGGUACUAUCAUCUCUCAAGCGCAACGUACUGAACACAACACUCCUGUCACUGCCUUGGUCAUGAACACUGGUACUGCCACUGAUAAGGGUGAAUUGGUCAAGAAGAUCCUGUUCCCCACUCGUGUUUCCUUCAUUUUUGACGAACAAAUCAAGAUUGUCAUUUUGAUUUUGCUCUGCUGUGGUUUGGUCUGUCUUGGUUUGGCUAUCUGGCUUUACACCAGUGGCACUAGUGCCUGGUUCUAUGCCAUGUUUGCUAUCUGUCAAUUGGUCUCUCCCUUGCUCCCUGCUGCUCUUGUUGUGGGCCAAUCCGUCGCUGCUGGUCGUUUAAGAAAGAAACAGAUUUUUUGUGUUGAUCUCCCUCGUAUUUUGAUGGCAGGCAAAGUGCAACUCUUUUGCUUUGACAAGACCGGUACAUUGACCAAGGAAGGUCUCGAAUUUUUUGGUGCUAAGCCUAUCACUGAUAUUGACAACAUUGUGGAACAACGCGCUAAUGCCGUCAACCCUGAAUUCGACUCUCACAUUGAAAGCAUCGAGGAGAUUCCUAGAUUAAUGCAAAUUGGUAUUGCUACAUGUCACGCUGUUACUACCUUGAAUGGCCAAUUCAUUGGUAAUCCUGUGGACAUUGAAAUGUUCCGUUCUUCCAAGUGGACCUUGAAGGAUGAGCCUGAAGAUGAAGCUUAUGUGGAUACUUUGACUCCUCCCAUGGCUGCUCCUGGUAAGAUUGGUGCCGCUGUUCAUGUAUUGAAGCGCUUCGAAUUCGUCCAUGCUCGUAUGUCCAUGUCUGUCGCUGUCCUUGAUACUCACACCAACAAGGUCCAUAUCUUUGUCAAGGGUGCUUACGAAAAGAUCAAGGAUUUGUGUAGCCCCAAGUCUAUCCCUGCUGAUUACAACUCUGUUACCUCUGGUUUGGCUCGUCAAGGCUGCUAUGUUCUGGCUCUCGCGCACCGUGAACUUGAUCUCGAGCAAAUUGGCGGUAUUGAAGGUUUCCGUAACUGGAACCGUGACCAAAUGGAAGAGCACAUUGAUUUCUGUGGUUUGAUCAUCUUCAAGAACCAACUCAAGGAAGACACAACUGAGAACAUUCUGGAAUUGAAGCGUGGUGCUACUCGUACCAUUAUGAUUACCGGUGAUACUGCUUUGACUGGUGUUUACAUUGGUCGUCAAUGUGGUAUGGUCAAUGAAGGGUCUCGCGUCUUUUUGGGUGAUUUCGACAAGUCCAUGGGCCGUAUCGUGUGGUCUGACGUGGAUGAGCCUGACGUGUUCCCUGAUGUUAACAUUGACGAGGCUUUAUUGAACCAAGCUCAUACUCCCUGUGAAUUGGCAAUGACUGGUAAGGCCUUCGACUGGCUCUGCGAAACCGACUUGAUUAGAAAGUAUCUUUUGGACACGCGUGUAUUUGCUCGUAUGACGCCCGCCGGUAAGGUCAAGUGUGUUCAACUCCAUAUGGAAAGAGGCAUUACUGCCAUGACUGGUGAUGGUGGCAACGAUUGUGGUGCUCUUCGUGCUGCUCAUGUUGGUAUUGCCAUGUCUGAUGCUGAAGCCUCUAUUGUGUCUCCCUUCUCUACAAGCAACAGAAGUGUUCGCUCUUGUGUUGAAUUGAUUCGUCAAGGUCGUGGUGCUCUUGCCACUUCUAUCACCAACUACAAGUAUCUUGUCAUGUACGGCCAAGUCAUGAUGAUGCUUAAGAUCUACACCUUUUAUUUUUCUGUUACUCUCUCACAAAACGUCUGGAUUGCCGUUGAUGUUUUGAUUACCGUCUUGCUCACAUACGCUGUUUCUCAAUCUCACGCUGCUACUCGACUAGAAGGUCAAAGACCAACUGCUCGCUUGCUCGGCCCUCAAACACUUGCCUCUGUCAUGGGUCUUGUUGCCAUCAACUGGAUCUUCUUGGCCUGUGCUUUUGACAUGUUGUUCAAGCAAUCCUGGUUCCGUUGUCACGAGUUUGAUGCCUCUGCUGUCGAUAUCUCCAAGUGGUGGUUGUUGGCUGAUAACUACGAAGCUGAAGUUCUGGCCUUGGUCUGUCUCUUCCAGUUUGUCAACAAUGCUGCCGUCUUCAACUAUGGCUACAAAUUUAGAAAGGCCUUCUGGAGAAACUAUUCUUUGGUAUUCCUCUGGUUGCUCUACAUUGCUAUUGUGUCUUACUGGAUGUUGGCUGACCCCAACAGAUUUGGUUGUCUGUUCAGAUUCAACUGCGGUACAAAGGAAGUCUUGAGCGAGCUUGGCUAUGAAGUGCCACCUACUUAUAUUGAGCCUUACAACACACCUUUGGGUCACAAUAUUAUGCCUUCUGAUUUCCGUUGGAGACUCUGGGGCUUAUGUCUUGGUAAUAUGGCUGCAGGUCUCGUCUAUGAGAAGCUUGUAGUAAUUGGCCCUGUUCAUGCUUACCUUGCAAGAAGAUUCCCUGUUGAUAGAUUACAAAAGAAGGCCUAA